GACCGGAUUCGACGUUGCGUCGAGUUGCGGUCUGCUCUGAUCAGUCUCCACGAAUUACAGGAAGGGCUUGAAAAAGGUAGAUGACACAAAGGCCGACAGGGUUCAGGGCGCUGCGGUGGCAGUAGGAGCUACGAGAGCAGACGAGCUCGAGGCCAGGACGGCGAUGGACAUGGACAUGGGCGAGGACAUGCUCCUCGGGUCCACCAGAAGCUGCUCGCUCGACGGUCCACGGCCGCAGCUCUGCUCAGCGGGACUGGCUGUCGGAAUUUCUCAGAGGAAAUCCCGCUUGGUGAGCAGAUUAUGAGCUUUACAAUUAUUAAUCUUUUCCUCCGGAAAUCGAAGAGGAUUCUGCGCUACAGACCAUAGCCGGAGAGCGAGGCGAGGGAGAGUAUGUGAGAUUAUAGAUACGCGGAGUGAGACGAAAUUACAUCCCAGGAGUGAUUGUUGGGGAGCAUGUACCAUCCGCGCAACGAGCAGAUCGAUCGCGAUUUUGGAGCGAGGCUUGCGGGAACAGGGUUCUUGUCUAUUGCCACUCGAGGGCGUGUUUUGUUUGUUUCUCGAUUGGUUGGUUGGCUUUGAAGGUGUUCCACUUUAUUACUAAAUCAAGAUUAGGGUGUCGGAGAUAAGAGGGCAUGUCGGGUCGAGCCAAUUCGUCGAGAUGGCGAGACCGAGUUUGCCAUUGCAAGGGCCGGGCGACAGGACCUCGAGGGUGAUGAACUGACUACCGAAUUUCUCCCACGAAGAAGAAGCAGAAGAGAGAUUUGGAAUCGUUCGAGGCGAUUGACUGAAUAUUCCGCGGGUUGCGCCUCGGACAGAUGAUGAGUGGAUCGAUGAUGAGUGUCAAGAGGGGAUUGCAAUCGGUGGCGUGUUCUCCACUCGCUGAAAUUGCUGUCCUACCACGGCUCGGAAAUUGGGUGCGAGGUCGCCCCACGGUUUGCUUCACCGGAGCAUCGGCGAAAGUGGUGCGCAGGGGAGCAGUGUCCAUUUCGCCCACCGGGACGAGAUGUGCCUCUUCUUCAACAUCAUCAUCUUCUUCCGGUGAGGAAGUGCCACGAGCUGAGGCCACCGACGAUCUUGCACGGCGAUUGAUCAUGUACAGCAAGCCCGGGUGUUGUCUGUGCGAUGGUCUCAAGGAGAAAUUGACAACGCUGCCCAACAUCCAACUAGAGGUCCGAAACAUUUUGACGAAACCAGAGUGGGAAAAUGCUUACCAAUACGAGAUUCCGGUGCUGGCUCACGUCAAAGACGAUGGCUCUGAGGAGACGAUUCCCAGACUCUCUCCCCGACUCAGUGCCGAUCAAAUGAGGAAGAAACUCGAAGCUGUUUUGGGCUGACAUUUCCGGGUUCCGAGUUUCUCCAUAUCCUUCCUUCCACCGGCCUCCGGUGAUCCGGCCGAUCUGACUGCACACAUGGAGAAAUCUUAGUACAGCAUAGGCACCUUAAUGCAUUGGAAUUCAGCUGUCCUUCAUUGAAUCGCACAUUGAAUAACUUUCAAUACUACUACUACCAGCAAAAGCAGAUUUCAAUUGCAUUGACUACACUCUUGCCUUGAACGAAGAAAGGUUUAGGGUUUAGGGUUUCAUGUUUGCUUCUGUUCAUGCAAGCCCGGAUCGACGAGUGCCCGGUCCGAUGAAUCUGCAUCUGCAUAGUGGAUGAGUUGCAUUCGACGAUAGUCGAUUUCAGCAACUUGGUGUACGCAAAUUUCGUUCUCGUUGCAGGCGCAGACAGUUCCAGUUCCACGGCCGAGGGAUUGAAGCUAGUCGGAUCCCGUCCAAGUUGGCCAAUCUUCCCAACUUUGUAAGCCUCUCGAAUCCCAGAGCGCGAGGAAGUAAGUGAACGAAGGGAUGAAUCGGAGGGCGUCGAAUUUCGAUGCCGUCGUCGUCGGCAAUUCGCUCUAUUUUCCACGAGAGCCUUCUUUCUUUGGCUCGGGAACUACAGCAGCCUCCAAACGUUCCGCCGUACCCGUGACCGGGAAUAGAAGUCAAAACCUUGCAAUUCAGGUUUCCCGUUGGGAACUCACAAAGUUAAAGGUUCACGUUGAGAGUUGGAUGGCCUUGAGUUGCUGACUCUUGCGGAGCGCGUCGUGUAAGUUUCUGAUUAGUAUAUAAUACUUUUGCGAGCU